AAUCGAGUGAGAGAGCGGCCGGUAAGUGUGCCCGGGUGCUGCAGCAGCACCAUGCUGGAACAGGGGUCAGCAAGUAUCAUUGGUGUCAGUGGGAGGAAUAGUGCCCCAUCAUUGGUGUCACUGGGGGUCAGCAAGUUACAUGUCAUUGGUGUCAGUGGGAGGAAUAGUGCCCCAUCAUUGGUAUCAGUGGGAGGAAUAGUGCCCCAUCAUUGGUAUCAGUGGGAGGAAUAGUGCCCCAUCAUUGGUGUCACUG